AUGCAGAUUGUCAACAUUAACAAUCGGCCGAGGAGGCUGGGUAAGGCAGCUCAAUGGCGCAGAGGCGCCAGAUUCUUCGUCUGUCUUCCGUGGAAUCUUGCGGCUUGCCUUUGCGUUCGCCUUUGGCCGAGCACCCCUCCCAGUGUCACUCCGGAGAAAGUGACCCCAGAGCCUCCAUACAUCCCGCUAUUGCUGCGCGACGGCGCAGCAAGCGCUCAGUCGCAGAGCAAGUUCUUGAGUCUGCCCGCUGAGCUACGUUCUAUCAUUUGGAAACAUCUGUUAGGCGGAAAACACGUCGCGUUGCACUACAGGAACGGCAAAUUUGCCUACGAGUUCCUGGAGGAUGAGGACCCUUUGGAGGUUGGAAACAUUACACCGGCAGUCAUCCAGGCAGUCCACAAUAACUAUGCUGCAAACCUGCACGGCAAGCGUGAGAGAACCAACGUAUUGGCGGUGCUCCAAUCAUGCCAGCUAGUUUACCGAGAAACCAUCGAUAUGCUCUACGAAUCGAACACUUUUGCGAUGCUUCACAACACUGUUCUGAUUGACUUCCGUCGGGCCGCCCUUGCAUCGCAUCUAUCCAAAAUUCGCUCGUUGCACAUUCACUUCCAGUUCCGCGAACUUUGCCAGCAUGGAUCCUUAUAUGCCGGGGCAGACGACUUACUAUCUCCAUGGAGCAUUGAGACUUUCAGUACAUCAAGCCCUAGUAUCGCCAGAGCCAUCCAAAGUCUUCCGAUCCUCGAACGCCUUUCCGUGUUCAUCCAAGGUCCCUUGACGACAGAAACCACAUAUCGACGAAUCUGUUGGUCAUUGAGGUCCAUCCGACAUGAUAUGAAAAGUUUGAACUUUAUGAUGGUCAGGUUCCCGAGACCCUUUCCCGAUCACGGCUACCAAAUGCGAACUCAAUGGCGCAAUCAAGAUCCCCGUGAUUUGGUGGAGGAAGUCCUGCGAAGAGAAGAAGAGCUCAACGGAUUCCGCAUCGUCCAGCCGACUGUAGAACUCGCACAAGACGUGUAUGAUAUGGCGGACUCGGAUAUCGAGAGCGAAUGGCGCGUAGGGAAUAUAUACAUGAAGUGUAACGGUGUUGAGAAAGGAUUCGCGACACGAAGCUACGCUGUACUUCGACCGGAGAAAGAGACCGAAACCUACAAGCCUGAUCUUGAAGCUCAGCCCAAUUGCUAUCUCAAGUUACCGAGGAUUCCGGUCAUCGAGCAUGAGGAUCCGGAUGACUUGUAUGGGUCUGGGUAUCGAGCGCUCAAUUGGCCUCCGACACUGGACGGGCAGGCUUGA